UAUUUGCAAGCUGUAAAUGAUGAACUUUUGCUUCCUGCCUUCUGCAGGAUGUGUCAGCAGGAGCUGCCAAGGUCUGGCAGGGCUGACCCACAGCAGAACUGAACCAGAGGCUUCAGUGUGGGAGCAGAGCCCAGAGGAGCGGAGAGCGCUGAGCCGGGGCUGGGCGCACCAUGGGGGCGAGCACCUCCAGCAGGUCACCCCCCUUUGAUGGCAACGGGGAUGUUACCUUCGACCAUUUUGAGAUUUUGCGAGCUAUUGGGAAGGGCAGCUUUGGAAAAGUCUGUGUGGUGCAAAAGACUGACACCAAGAAGAUGUACGCCAUGAAAUACAUGAACAAACAGAAGUGUGUGGAGCGAAAUGAAGUGAGAAAUGUUUUCAAGGAGCUGCAGAUUAUGCAGGGCCUGGAACACCCUUUCCUGGUUAAUUUAUGGUACUCAUUCCAGGACGAAGAGGAUAUGUUCAUGGUGGUUGACCUGCUGCUCGGAGGGGACCUGCGCUACCACCUCCAACAAAACGUGCGGUUCCAAGAGGCCACUGUGAAACUCUUCAUCUGUGAGCUGGUGCUGGCCCUUGACUACUUGCAGAGCAGGCACAUCAUCCACAGAGAUAUCAAGCCCGACAACAUUUUACUGGAUGAGCGCGGACACGUGCACAUCACUGAUUUCAAUAUUGCCACCAUGCUGACCAAGGAGAGCCCUGUCACCACCAUCGCUGGCACCAAGCCCUACAUGGGUGAGAGCCGAAGGCAGUUCCCUGUUCUGGAAUCUCCAUUUGAGGGCUUGGGGGGAGUGCUGUGGUGGGACACAGGAGAGGCACUGGUCCAAAUGCCAGCGUCAGUGCAGUGUCUCUGGCACCACGUGUCCUCAGCUGUGCUCCACAGAAUGGGUGCCCUGUGGGAUGGUCUCAUCUCUCCCCUUUACCUCUUGCUGCAGUUGCUCGAGCUGAACCCCGAGAAACGUUUUUCUCAGCUCAAGGACAUCCAGUCCUUCCCGUACCUGUCUGAUGUGAACUGGGAUGCUGUUCUCCAGAAAAGAAUACUGCCAGAAUUCAUUCCCGUGAAAGGCAGACUGAACUGUGACCCAGCCUUUGAACUGGAAGAAAUGAUCCUGGAAUCCAAACCUCUUCACAAAAAAAAAAAGCGCUUGGCUAAGAAGGAGAAAGACACAAGCAAAAUCAAUUCAUCCCAGGCCAGCCACCUCCAGAAGCACCUGGAAAUGCUCCAGAGAGACUUCAUUGUUUUCAACAGAGAAAAGGUAAGACCUCACUGUGACAGCAUCCAAGAGACCAUGACAAAAAGUGGCGGCCCACACAGGGAGGACAAUCAGAACAUCAACCUCUGAGAGCAGCUCAGCCCCUGCAGGGGACUCCUCGUGGCACUGGGGCUCACCAUCCACCUUCACAAUGCCAGGCCGUGCCAGCAGCCCAGGGCACAGAGGAGAGCUGGGGCUCCCCUCCCUCAGCUCAUCCCCACAGCCCAAGGGCCCAUGAGAGGCUGUGGGGGCUGCCUUGCAAUGGGCACAGCUGGUCAGACAGAUCCUAUCACGUUGCCUUUCCUGAGGGCAGGAACGGGACCACAAAACAAUGGACAAGACAGCUUUCGCUACUUUGGCUCGGCUGGCAGGUGCCACAGCCCUUGGUGUCACCAUGCAGGCAGCUGCUGCACCGUGCUGAGGGGUGCCCACAGCUGUGCCACAGGGCUCUGCAGGUGCUGGCAUUCCCACGGAUGGGCUCACGGCUGGUUCCCCACAGGAAGAGGUGGCUCCCACAUGCAUGAUCUUCACCAAUGCAUUGUGACAAAAGUGGCCUUUGCUUACAGACAGCGCCUGCAAACAUCCUGUGAGGGGGCACAGGAGGAUGGAGAGGAGCUCCUUCCUUAGCUGCGAGGAGGCAGCAAAGGCUUCCUGCCCGUUUAGUGCUCUCUCCAUGGACCCAGCAGGGCUGGCAUGGUUGGUGGCCAGUGUGCAGACAGAUGUGCACACCAAGCUGUAACAACCAGGUGCUGGUGAAUCCAGAUGCUUUACCAGUCUAGCCUGAAAAAUACAUUCACCAUCAUGAUAAAACUGCGGCAGCUCACUGAAUCUGAUGGAG